AUGCUGUGCCUCGGCUUCGCCCCGCUGCUUGCGCUGGUGCUGGGGGCCACCCUGGGGGCCGCCUUCCCCCAGCAGGCCCCGAAGAGCUGCAGCCUGUCCAAGUACCAGUUCCUCGUGCCCCACGAGCUGAAGGCGGUGAAGAAGAUGAAGGAUCAUUUUGAGGACAUCAUGCUGCUGUCGGACCGCAAAUGCAACACCAUGCUCUUCCAUCGGAAAUGGAACGCGGCAGAGCUGUCGGUGCCCGACCGAGUGAUGCUGGUGGAAGCCGAGCUGGACUUCGCCACUGCUAUGCUGGGGCUCCCCGCUGACCCCAGGUUCGCCGAGACACGCCAGCGGCCCCUGGCCUUCCUCACCCAAGCCCGGGAGGACCUGCGAGGCUGCGUGGCCACAGAGGCUCCUUCGCAUCAGCCCUCCGGGAAACUGAGGCACUGGCUGCAGAAGCUGCAGAUGGCCAAGAAAACAGAGACUGAUGGCUGCCUGGAGGCCUCCGCCAUCCUCCACCUCUUCCAAGUGCUGAACGACCUGCGGUGCGCGGCGCUCCGGGAGCAAUGCACUUAG